AGGAGCGGUUGCUGUAUGGGAAAAGACAGGUACGACGACUCCACCCGCCCACGCCAUUCUCACCCCUCCCCUCCUCUUGAGAACAAGCAAAGCCACCGCACUCCCUCCCUCUCUCUCGGACAUCUCGUGGGAGUUCAGAGAAGGGCGGUGGAGGAGAUGGAGGAGGUCAAGGAAGAGGGCGAGGAGAUGGACGUAAAUGACUGUGGCGGUGGAGGAUUGGAGGUGGUGAGAGUGCUGGUGGUGGAUGACUCCCCUGUGGACCGGAAGAUUGUGGAGAUGUUGCUCAGAAGGAGUGAAGGAAUUUUUGAUGUUGUUUCUGUUGAUUCAGGAAAGAAAGCUAUGGAAGUUCUCGGCCUCAAUGAAAUUGAGGCCAAACCACCCAACCAUGAUGACCAGAAGAUUGACAUAGUUCUUACUGACUAUUGCAUGCCAGAAAUGACUGGCUUAGACCUCCUCAAGGCCGUCAAGGCGAAUAGCAGCUCAAGAUCCAUACCGGUAGUCAUGAUGUCAUCUGAAAAUGAUUCUGAAAGAAUCAGCAGCUGUCGAGCCAUCGGAGCUGAAGAUUUCAUCCUAAAACCUCUGCAAGUAAAAGAUGUUCAGAGGUUAAGAACUUACACCGUACCAAUUGGUCCGAUGUCCAAGCGAGGUAGUAAGAGGAAGCUGCCGAUGGCUCUGAUAGCCGAAAGCAAUGGCGCAGAGGCACGCCCACUCCUCGCUAAAGUAGCAGCAUUCGGUUCUGCGGUUUUUCUGACACUUAACUUUUGGAGGUCCAGUGUUAUGUCUUCAUCGUGUAAUUAGAAUCAACAACCACAAGAAAUGUUUUCAGCAGGAAAUCAGAUGUAAGAAAUCUCAUAGUCCAUUCAAUAUCAGACUUAAACUGCAUUAUGUUUCUAGUUUGUGAGGAUGGAAACCAGCACUUGUAUUCACUGGCCCUUUCUGUAUCCGAGUUUGUGAACUUCUACCAAUAAGAUUUUAUGGUGGUUUGCAGAGUAA